GCAAUAUUAAUGGACUUAGAAAAAAGAUUUAACCUCUAUAAAUACUCCAAUUUACCAUCAGUUCUCAGAAAUUCCCAACACUCUCAUUUGAUAUCAGAUAUAUCUAGCAAACGAUCGGAGACGAAGAACGAGUUUGCCAAAAACAAAAUCGCAGUCGACGGAAACUGCGAUACUAAGAACGUAAUUCGAGAUUCUCAGACGCAUCCAAGUUCAGGUCUUUGAAGGAGAAGAUCAAUAUCACAAUAUAUGUUUCAGCUUCUCGCGAUGGUCUGUUUCAGACUCACGGGGAAAUCCAGCAAACGAUUGGAGACAAAGAACAACGAGUUUGCCAAAAACAAAAUCGUAGUCGACGGAAACUGCGAUCGUAAGAACGUAAUUCGAGAUUCUCAGCCGCAUUCCAGCUCAGUCAGUCCAUGUGGAGAUGUAAACAAGGAUAUAACUACUAAGGAGGAUCAAUUAGCUUUGGACGCGAAGGAUUCGAAUGUGGAAUAUGAAGUUUCAGGGAAGAAAGCACAGACUUUCACCUUUGAGGAACUCUCUGUUUCUACAGGAAACAUCAGGUCGGAUUGUUUCCUAGGCGAAGGAGGUUUUGAAAAAGUUUACAAAAGCUUCAUUGACAAACUCGAUGAGGCUGUUGCAAUCAAGCAACAUGAUCGAAAUGGUGCUCAAGCAAUCAGAGAGUUCGUGGUCGAAUUGUUGACACUAAGUCUCGCUGAUCAUGAGAAUCUUGUAAAACUUAUUGGCUUCUGUGCUCAAGGUGUUCAGAGACUCUUGGUCUACGAGUACAUGCCACUAAGAUCUCUUGAAAAUUACCUCUAUGAAACCGCUUGUGUGGAGCACUCGGAUGAAGAUAGCAGCUGGUGCAGCGAGAGGUUUGGAAUAUCUCCACAAUACAAUGCUGCUAAGGCCAAUGCUCUCAAGGACAAGGCUGCGGAAGUGAAAAAGAAUGCGAAGCCUGAAGCAGAUGAUGUUGAAGAGGAUGAAUCCGAUUCUGAUGGAAUGAGUGUUGAUGAAGACGAUUCUGAUGAUAAGACGAUUCUCAGGAAGAAAAGGAGGAGACACCUAAGAAUCAAGAAGAGAGCCAAUGAAGCAGCACCCAAAAGACAUGUGUCUGCAAAAAAGGCUAAAGAUGAAGUAACUCCAAAGAAAACAGAGGAUAAGAAGAAAGGACAUACCGCAACGCCCCACCCAACAAAGAAAGGUGGAAAGACUCCAGCGACUGCAACUCCAGUCUCAUGUGGUUCAUGCAAGAAGUCAGACUCUCUCUCUAUAUUCAACUCAGAGAAUGCACUUGAGUCUCACAACAAGGCUAAGGACUCUGCUGCCAAGUGAAGUGGUUUCUUAGAGCUAUCAACAACUCCUCUGUUUUGGGUUUUGAGAAAGAUCAUUGUGAUAUCUUUGGAUUUUUGUUUCUAGUCUUUAUCAAAACCUUCAGAUUUUUUUUUCUUUUAUUGAAAAAUAAGUCGUAAUGAAAAGAAAGGUAAUUGGAGUACGACUUGAUACUGUUGGAUGCUUUUUUAGUUUCUACCGUUUACACUUCCAAAGGCUGAAGAAUGCAAAUUCAGUAUAUUGACGAA